AUGCCGGUCCGGAUCAUGUGCACCAUCUCCUUUUCUGGGGAUGACGAAGGUUAUGGUAAAGACAGUUUUGAUGAUCACUACAAACGCGUUAAUCGGGGUUACGGAGACUCGCAGGAGUAUCUGGACGGUUGUAGUCAUACAGACGACUACGAGGAAGAGGAAGAAAGCCCGGGUGAGGUGGACGACUUGGCAACGUUUUUCAGUGGCUGCUCGCUCCACGGGGCCAACCACGUGUUUGUGGAGAACAAGAAGUUCGGAAUUCGGCAGAGCUUGUGGGCGGUGGUCUUCACCAUGGCAUUGUCCGCCUUCUUGUUCCAGGUUGCCGAUCGGGUCAUCUACUACCUCCAGUAUGACCACAUUACCAUGCUGGACGAGAAGGUAGCCCAAAACAUGACCUUCCCGGCCGUCACCAUUUGCAACUAUAACUUUGUGCGCAAGUCACAAUUAAGCUACAGCGAUCUUAUAUUCAUGGGCCCUCUACUGGGCUUCGAUGAAGGCAUGGCGCCAGGGUUCCCGUUGGCCCCGGAGCCCGACCGCCCGCCUGGCUCUGUUUUUAGUGUAGAUGAGAUUUACAACCGUACACGACACCGCAUUGAAGAUAUUCUGCUGGAGUGCAACUUCAGAGGCUUGGAAUGUGGUCCUGAGAACUUUCGGGAGAUCUUCACACGCUAUGGAAAGUGCUACACCUUCAACUCUGGCCAGGACGGGCGACCGCUGCUGUUGACCAUGAAGGGCGGCAUGGGCAACGGUCUGGAGCUGAUGCUCGACAUCCAGCAAGACGAAUACUUGCCUGUGUGGGGAGAAACAGACGAGACAUCGUUCGAAGCUGGCAUCAAAGUUCAGAUCCACACGCAGGACGAACCGCCGUUCAUCGAUCAGUUGGGCUUCGGAGUGGCGCCGGGUUUCCAGACCUUCGUUUCCUGUCAGGAACAACGACUGACCUAUUUGCCACCACCUUGGGGAGAUUGCAAGGCCACCCCAAUGGACUCGGACUUCUUCAGCACGUACAGCAUAACUGCCUGUCGCAUAGACUGCGAGACGCGUUACCUGGUGGAAAAUUGCAACUGCAGGAUGGUCCACAUGCCCGGAGAUGCCCCCUACUGCACCCCUGAGCAGUAUAAGGAGUGUGCAGAUCCAGCUUUAGACUUCCUGGUGGAACGUGACAACGACUACUGCGUGUGCGAGACACCGUGCAACUUGACACGUUAUGGUAAAGAGAUGUCCUUCGUCAAGAUUCCUAGCAAGGCUUCAGCCAAGUACCUCGCCAAGAAAUUCAACAAGACGGAGCAGUACAUAGCAGAUAACCUUCUGGUUCUGGAUAUUUUCUUUGAAGCCCUCAACUAUGAAACCAUUGAACAAAAGAAGGCCUACGAGCUGGCAGGGCUCCUGGGUGACAUCGGGGGUCAGAUGGGACUCUUUAUCGGAGCCAGUAUCCUUACCAUUCUUGAGCUUUUUGACUAUCUCUACGAGGUGAUCAAGUACAAGCUGUGCCGGUGCGUGAAGAAGAAACACAAAGGGCGUAACAACAACGACCGAGGCACUGUGCUGAGUCUGGAUGAUGUGAAGCACAAUGCUCCUUGCGACAACCUGCGCACACCAUCCACAUACCCAGGCAACAUGCUACCUCAUCACCCGGCCCAGGGAAACUUCGAGGACUUCACCUGCUGA